GUCCUCGACAUGCUGCGCGUUUCGGGGCUGGGGUGGACUCUGGUCUCCUUGCAAGCGAGGGGCGCUUUGGUGCCGCAGAAGCCAGUUUGGCACAAUGGACUACAUAUCUGCCCUCUCAUUUCUUCAGCAUCUGAGAAAAGCAUCUCUUUUCUGUAUGUUCUCACCGGAUCAAAAGACAGCUUUGCUACAGCAAUGGCAUUUGCCUCGUUUCCUUCAUCUUGGCAUUCCUGCCCUGGCAGCAAAGGAAGCACUGAUGAAACUUAGGAAGAAAACUGGCUAUUCCUUUGUGAACUGCAAGAAAGCCUUGGAAAAAUACGAUGAUAACGUAGAAGAAGCUGAAGUCUGGCUGCACGAACAAGCACAGAAGGAGGGAUGGAGCAAAGCGUUGAAACUUCAAGGGCGGAAGACAACAGAAGGUCUAAUAGGGCUGCUUCAAGAGGGAAGCUCAGCAAUAAUGGUAGAGGUAAACUGUGAGACCGAUUUUGUGGCCAAAAACGUUAAAUUUCAACAGCUGGUUCAGCAAGUAGCUAUUGGAACAAUGAUUCACCAUAAGGAGACUAUAGACCAGUCAAACACAUAUGCUAAGCGUUUCUUAAAUUCUGAUGAACUUUCUCAAGUCAGGACAGGACCAGAGGGAUCUUUGCUUACUGACCAACUUGCUCUGGCGAUAGGCAAGCUAGGCGAGAACAUGGUUGUUAAGAGGGCAGCAUGCAUAUCAGUGCCUGAGAAUUUCUUCAUCGGCUCUUAUGUACACGGGUCACUCUCUGAAAGCAGCUCAUUGCUUUCUAACAUGUUAUUUGGCAAAUACGGUGCCAUGGUGAUCUGCAGUUCCUCGGAGGAAGACCCAAAGUCUGACAUUGCUGAACUGAGCAGGAGAUUGGCCCAGCAUGUGGUAGGUAUGGCCCCUCUCUCUGUGGGUUCUCUGGAAGACGAACCCGGAGAUGAAUCUGAAACAAAGAUGCUUGCCCAGCCAUACGUUAUGGAGCCAACAAUUUCCUUGGGACAAUACCUUCAGCCGACUGGUAUAUCUGUGUUGGAUUUUGUGCGGUUUGAAUGUGGAGAAGAUCCAGAGUUGUCCGAAUCAAGCUAGGCAAGAUUGGUUUGUCAGACUGGGAAUGUCAGACUAGUUCCCAAUUCUAAAGCCAAGAAUGAAGAACAUUGAAUGUCUUUCAAAAACACAGAAAUGAGUUUUGUGGAAUGUGACCAACAAAAUGUUGCAAACAGAUGUUAAUGUAACAAAUAAAGUACAAGUUCCUUCUGUGA